AUGAGCCCGACUUUGCAUCUUGCAGACGCCCUCAGGCUGAUCCAAAGCGAUGCGCCAGUCCCCACCCUCAUGAGCCACCCAACGGGUGUCGCGAGCCAGACCCAGCCUGUCCAGCAGAUGGAACACAAGCUACCUGACCAUUCCUCUCGCACGGGCGAGUACAUCACUCGUCUCGAGCAAGAGAGUGCCGAGCUCAAGCACGCCCAGAACGAGAUGACGGACUGCAUUCGGAUGCUCGAGCACCAUAAUGCGCAGCUCGGAGCCCGCCGCAAGGAACUCGUCGCGCAGCUCAGCAACCUCCGCACCCUCAACCAAGACGCUGAUAACGCUUUCCUGAUGCGCAAGGUCGACGUCGAGCCAGACAACCUCGAGGCCAUGCUCGGCAUACACAACACCAUGAUCACCACCGCCAUCAACCACCAGCAGCACAUGCUUGCCCAGUUUCGCGCACGACACCAAGCUCCAGUGUACGUAGCCCACGCUCCGCAGUACCAGGCUCCCGUGCCGGCUCCGGCGUAUCGCCAUGCGUACCCGGCUGGAUACUCCGAGCACGGCUACUGCUACGCCCACAACUCGCCGUACUGCUGCCGCAUCUGCAGUAAGUAA